GUUUAAGGAAUCCUUGAAAAUGCCUACCCUGGAAUAGCCCACUGCUUUGUACCAGGUAAGAAUGAAAGAUUUCUUAUUCUUCCUAGCCAAAAUGUGUGACAAACCAGACCUCUCUGAAGUGGAAAAAUUUGACAAGAAAAAGCUGAAAAAGACCAGCACAGAAGAGAAGAAUACUUUUCCUUCCAAGGAAACAAUGCAACAUGGCUAUGAAUCAAAGAACACUACAGUCUCAAAAGAAUCAAAAUCGCAGGUGACCCAGAGCAAUGGAGACACACGAAGUGAGUGUGAGAAGGCAGCAGCAUAUUAUCAAUGA